UCGGGGGGGGGAAGCCAAGAAGAAGAAGAAGAGGAGGAGGAGGAGGAAUUGGAGGUGGUGACUUUGCAGCCGCGUCCAUUUCCAGUGGGAAGCAAAAGAAUGCAAAAGCUGGAAAGGGAGGAGAAGAAGAGGAGGAGGAGGAGAAGGAAGAGGUGGGGGAGCCGGCCAGCUUGCCUCCGCUUGAAGGCUCAGGUUCCUUAGACUUGGUUGGGAAAGAAAGAAAGAAAGAAAGAAAGAAAGAAAGGACUCUUUCACUCACACCCCUUUCCUUUUCCCGCCUUCCCUUUGACUGGGAAAGGGUUAAUAAUAAUAAUAAUAAUAAUAAUAAUACCCCUUUCUGGGGUGUGAGUGUGAGGGAAAGCGGGGGGCGGCGAGCCCUUGGGGGACGGGCUUGCCUUCCUUCCCCCCCAUCUGGGCUGAGCCUGGAAGCAGGGACGCCUCUCUCGGCCGGGGCUCAGCCUUCUCUCUUUUGGAGCUGCAACUUUGCCUGGGCUGAGAAUCUAAGGUCUUCCUGGUGAGGUAUCAGGACAACAGUUCACGUCUUGGCUUUAACAGAUUUGGAUCUGUGGACUUGAAGACAGAGGAUAUUUCCCACUCAUGAAGGGCCUGGUGUAUGUCUCAGAAGAUCUGGAGAUUUAUUGGGUCACCCUGAUUUACUAAGGAAGGCUGUCUGGACUUUUUAAUGAACUUAUUUUCUCCUUCUUGAUGACUCCCAACAGCUGGGAUUCAGUCCCUAAGUACGGAAUUAUCAUCCAUUUAAUUGAUUGCAUUUUUUAAACAAGGCUUUGCCUCAUCACCUUUCCCUUUUAGAGGAGUGUAACUCCCAGUAGUAUUUAUCAUCAUUAAUAGAGACUUUUUUUUAACAUACUGGUAUUUCUGAAUAUAUAUUUUUGUUCCUUUGGGGUUUUUUUUUCUCUUGCACCUUCGGUGGAGUUAUAUUUAACUAGUUUACCUUAACGAGUUAUCUUGAACCUGCAUCCACGGAGCACCCUGAUGGCUUCAUAAAUCCAAGGAACAGCUGGCCUUAUUCAUGAUGGGACGAGAGCAGGAGCUGAUCCAAGCUGUGAAAAAUGGGGAUGUAUCUAAUGUGCAGAAGCUGGUAGCUAAGAUCAAGGCAUCCAAAAGCAAACUCCUGGGAUCAGCUAAACGACUGAAUGUGAACUACCAGGAUGUGGAUGGGUUUUCAGCACUACACCAUGCAGCCUUGGUUGGGAGUCUGGAUCUUAUCUCCCUGCUGCUGGAGGCACAGGCCACUGUGGACAUUAAGGACAUCAAUGGAAUGCGCCCACUACACUAUGCUGCCUGGCAAGGGAAGGUGGAACCAGUUCGCCUACUGCUACGGGCUGCUGCUUCAGUCAAUAUGGCAUCAUUGGACGGACAGAUCCCACUGCACCUUUCUGCGCAAUAUGGUCACUAUGAAGUGUCGGAGAUGCUCCUCCAGCACCAGUCCAACCCAUGCCUCAUCAACAAGGCUAAGAAAACCCCUCUGGACCUGGCUUGCGAGUUUGGAAGGCUGAAGGUGGCCCAGCUGCUCCUGAACAGCCACAUGUGUGUGGCUCUGCUCGAGGGACAAUCUAAGGACACAAAUGAUCCCAACUACACUACUCCUCUACACUUGGCAGCCAAGAAUGGACACAAGGAGAUCAUCAGGCAACUUCUGAAAGCUGGAAUUGAGAUCAACAAACAGACAAAGACGGGCACUGCUUUGCAUGAGGCAGCCCUGUAUGGGAAGACCGAGGUGGUGCGCCUACUAUUGCAAGGGGGGAUUGAUGUCAACAUACGUAACACGUACAACCAGACCGCCCUGGACAUUGUGAAUCAGUUCACCACUUCACAUGCCAGCAAAGACAUCAAGCAGCUGCUACGAGAGGCAUCAGGAAUCCUGAAGGUCCGAGCUUUGAAGGAUUUCUGGAACCUCCAUGACCCAACUGCUCUCAACAUCCGUGCCGGAGAUGUCAUAACGGUGCUGGAACAGCAUGCAGAUGGACGCUGGAAAGGCCAUAUCCAUGACUCUCAGAAAGGCACUGACCGUGUUGGCUACUUCCCUCCAUCCAUUGUGGAAGUCAUCAGCAAGCGGACAGGCCUGACUCUUUCCCGCAUGGUGCCCUCCCACCAGUGCCAGAGCCUUGCCAAGGGCCAGCAGGUUGCCACUGCCACCCCUCCUGGUGAGCUACCAUCACAUACAGAAGCCUCACGACCUGUUUCACCACAGCCAUCCCUUGGGCUACCCACAGCUUGCGGCCUCGCCCUGAGCAGCACAGCCCCAACACCCGAGAUCGCAGCAGGUGACAGGAACAGCGUGGGCAGUGAGGGCAGUAUUGGCAGCAUCCGGAGUGCUGGCAGUGGUCAGAGUACUGAGGGCACCAAUGGACAAAUCACUGGAAUCCUCAUUGAGAGUGUGAAGCCACUUUCACCUGGUGGUGAGGAUCUUCAGCAACACCUCUUGAGUUCAAAUUUCCACAAUGGCCAGAUGAAUCCCAUGAUAGGGACCCUGGCACACCAGAACCUCUCCAAUUGGAACACCAGCGACAGGAUUUUCUCCCACCAGUAUCUACGUCCAGAGCAGCUGUUGGAGGGGAAGGAUGCUGAAGCUAUUUACAAUUGGCUAUGUGAAUUUCAAUUAGAGUACUAUACGGCCAAUUUCCUGAAUGCAGGCUAUGAUGUGCCAACGAUCAGCCGCAUGACUCCAGAGGAUCUCACUGCCAUUGGGGUGACUAAGCCAGGGCACCGGAAGAAAAUUUCCACUGAGAUUGGACAGCUCAGCAUUGCAGAAUGGCUCCCAAAUUAUAUCCCGGAUGACCUGAUGGAAUGGCUGAGUGCCAUUGGGUUGCCCCAGUAUCACAAGAAGCUGGUGAGCAAUGGCUAUGACUCCAUCAACAUUGUGACAGAUCUGACAUGGGAAGACCUGCAAGAGAUCGGCAUCAACAAGCUUGGCCACCAAAAGAAGAUCAUGCUGGCUGUCAAGAAGCUGAUGGAUCUUCGGAAGAGCCUCAGCCAGGCUGACACCAGUACACUGAGGCGCAAGAUCCCUGGCGCUUUGGAUAUUGUCACCAUUGAGUCAGUUGAGAAUGGGGAAUGCCACUCACCCAACACUCCCAAGAUGACCACUUUUCAGGACAGUGAGCUGAGCUAUGAACUCCAGACAGCCAUGUCCAACAGCUGCCAGGAGACACUGACCAUCAAGAGCACUCAAGGCAUGUCACGAAGCCAAGAGAGCAUCGGUGUGAGGUCACGGGGAUCUGGGCACUCCCAAGAGAACAUGUUGUCCCAAAGCAUCACCUCAAGCCGUUCUCAGGAGAGCUUGGGCAGUGGUGAAAGCAACAGUGGGAGCAGCGGGGGGCAUUCUUCCUCCACACAGCCCCACCAGGAAGAAAACUCAACCAUCCCUCAGGGUCGGCUUGUUCCAGAAAACUCUGGAAAAUUUAUCCAACAGCUCGAUGGACCAGACGGAGUCAAUGGCUGUGCCAACAAUGGUGCAGGAAGUCCUUUACAGGAGAGAAAUCUUCCCGAAGGGAUGGAUCAGUACCAGAGACCAAGUACACUGAAAGGGGACCUCCUUCCCCAGUCAGUUCCAUUGGAGCCAGCCAAUCCAGGACCAGUUGCCUCCCCCUGCACUUCACCCCACACAGCCAGCAAAGGGAUAGCCCCCUAUGUCUUCAUGUAUCCCCAUGUCUCCCUGAAGUCCCAGCCACCUCCUUCACCUUCUGUGCCAGAGCAGGCCAAGGGUGCUGGCCACUUCUCUGCCCAGAGGACCCUCUUGCAGUCCACUGCCCAGAAAGCUUUCUCCUAUCUCCAUUCCCACUGUGGCCCCACAGACCCACCACUGCCUCAUGUGCCCCCAAAGCCAGGGAUGGAGCAGCAAAAUGGUGAGGGCUUGAAGCACAAGAAACGCUCUCACAGCUUGAACCGCUAUGCAUUGUCUGAUGGGGAGGCUGAAGAAGAGGAGCCACCCAGUAACACAGUGGGCUCUUAUGCCACCCUCACCAGGCGGCCUGGACGGAGUCAGGUGCCACGGACGCAGCCACCAGCAGAUGCAAAGGUCUUGCGUAGUCAGUCCUUUGCCAUCCGUGCCAGGAGGAAAGGCCCUCCCCCGCCUCCUCCCAAACGCCUCAGCUCAGUCUCCAGUGCCCAGGCUAUCGAUGCAGAGUGUGAACAGGGCCUAGGCACCUCAUCAUCCCAGGAUGGAGAUAAAAAUACUUGCAAGAGGAGUAGUCCUGUGAAGAAUGUUGACAGCCCUGGAGCUGAUAGGAGUCCUGUCAAGCUUCUGCAGUCCUCAAAGCCCAUAGGUUCUGGUCUAGAGGUGACCAUCAAAGGAGCUCAGGGAGAUCCUAGCAAUACUGAAUCCACAAGUGACAGAAGCCAAGUCUUUGAAAGCAACAUCCCUAGGAGACGGACAUUCAGUGAGCCUGCUGUCACCAUGACUGAGGCCCUGCGACAUAGCCAUGAGGAUGUCCGAUCAGACACAGAGGAAGAGGGCCAGAGUGGGGUGGACAAGAGUGCCAAGUCCCCCUGCUCUUCCCAGAACAGCUCCAGUGAGUGCAUUCCCUUUGCUGAGGAAGGCAACCUGACCAUCAAGCAGCGACCAAAGCCUGUUGGGCAACUCAAGACAGAGAGCCCUGGACUGGACUUCACAUCCACCGAGCCACAGUCUGGUGGGGAAGACCAACAAGGGGCCACCACAAAGGAGAGCCCUGUGUUAGAGUUCAAUCUCACAGAAUCUGACACAGUCAAGAGGCGGCCCAGGUGCAGAGAGAGAGAGCCCCUCCAGAAUGUGCUGAAGGCAUUUGGGGUGGCUGCCCCAAACCCAGUCCCUACAUCUUUGGCUCCACAAUAUGCCCAGGCUCAGACAGUCAGUAUCAGUGGACCUUCCCUGCAUGGGGCAGAGUCACCCCAGUCACCUCAUGGAGACACUUUGAGUGAUGAAAGUGUGGAGUUCCAGAUCGCUGAGAUAGAGAAAAGCAUCUUGUCUCUGGAAAGGGGAAUCAAAAAGCCUCCUAUCUCUCUGAAGCCCGCCAGCCCAGCCCCACUGCAGGUGGAGAGGCAGGGAGGGUUGGUCCAGCUAAGGGCACCAGCCACAGUGACUGAUAUCUCAGCCAAGCAUGUUGCUUCAACUAAGCUGGUAUUUUCAGGACCAAAGACCAUCUACCAACAAGUCCUGCAAAACUCUCGCAACACAGUUGCCCCCUGGGCAGCCAGUGAGAUGGUGCCAGAAGUGACCAGCCCCUACCCCAUGAAGCUUGGGCUUGGUAGCAAGCCCGCCGUAAGUUUUGGGGGUGCCCUUUCCAUGAGGCCUUUGAGUGGAUCUCCAGACAUGAUUCAGGCUCAGCAAAGACUGGAACAAACCAACUCAUCACUGGCAUCCACACUUGAAGCUGCGGAAAAGAAAAUCUCUGCAGAAGAAGCAGACAGCCACUAUGGGACAGCACACACAGCCAAGAACAUUCUCGAAGACAUCAGCAACAUGUUUGAUGACUUAGCCGAGCAGCUGGAUGCCAUGUUGGACUGAGAGAGCUGUCUCCCUUCAUGGUGCUGUGCUGUACGUUUAUCCUCCCACCAGUCCUUGAGUAUGAAUAUCACAAUGACUGCCGGCCUCCUGUUCCUGCACUUUCUCACCCAGCAGCCCCUCUUGAAGAAAGAUUGUUGGGUGUCAUUUUCCAGACAACCUCAGCCAAACACUGAAUUGCCAGGGCCUUUUGUCCUCUGGAACAUGCAUGGCAAGCCUGGGCAAGAACACACUGGUGCACAUUGAUUUGGAUUCCAUCUGUGCACCAUAACUUGGCCAGGUCUGUAAACAGUGGCCACCUACAUCUACAGUGACAAAGAGGAGCUGAUGGAAGACUGAUUGUUUUGACUAGAUCUGGAGAAAGAUUUAAUGCCAGGCACUACUGAUGCACUCAGGCCUCCUCCCAAAUAAUGCAUGCACGUCCCAUAAAGAGCAGCCAAUUCCCUUUUCCCAAGUUUCUCCAUUUGAGUGAUGCCAACAGCAUGUUAGUUACAGCAACAAAGGAGUCUGAACACUCAGUGAGGUCCACCACCAUGGUUGCCAAAACCAAACAAAAUUGGUAGCCUGGAAGCCAUCGGAGCAAGACAAGACCUCACUGCUUUUCUAGCACAUCUUUACAGGAAGCAAUCCCUCCCAUUGCUCCUUCUUUGCCUCUCCUUCCAAAAGCAGCUGACACAACCUGUAGUUGUCAAAGUUUCCAGGCAAGCAAAAUAGACCCAACAUUUCAACAACAGGCUUUUCCAGAGAACUGAAAGUGACCUGCUUUCCCAAGUACCUUGAAUUCAUGGGACACAUCUUGGCCAUAGAGACAGUUUUUCCUUUCUUUUCACUCUUUUUCUAGCUAUAGUGUCAAGUGGAUUAGUCAUCCUCUGGCUGAUACCUAGUGGUAAGAGAAUAAUUAAGAAAAAUAGCUGCAACCAGUGGCACUUUAAAUAAGAAGCAUUCUCUAAAACCUUUUUUUCCCCAGAAAAAGUUUUGAAUUUCAUUCUAGCUGAGAUGGGAUGAGUCCAAUAUUUUUCACUGUUGAUAACACUGUAAAUUUUUUAAAAAGAAGAAGUGUAUAUAUUUUAAAAAUCAUGGGUUUGUUAUAUAUUUACUAACCAGAGUUCUGUUGUAUUUUAGAGUUGAGGUGGAACCACAUUACUGUCUGAGCCACUAGUGGGCAGUACAAUGCUGUUUUCUUGUUACCGCUAAUGAGGGAAUCCAGUGUCAGAAGGGAGGGUGUUUAUUUUUAUUUUUGGUCCUUCAGAGAAUGCUUAUUUUUUAAGAGCUAGUUCUUUAUUUUAAAGACAUUGUAUGCUGUGUAAAUUAUGUAUGGAUGGAGUUGUGUCUAACCAACCUAAGCUGUGCCUGCUACAUGUAGCGGGAAUGACUAGGGAAAGUAGUCCAGGGUAAAAAAACAGCCAGGCAGUCUUCGAACCAUCUGGCUUGUUGCUGUUAAUCAUGAAUUCUUGUUUUCCACUAACAUUGUCUGAAACUUAAUGAUAUUAAACAGUUGGAAUUGUUUUCCCUUUUGAUA